AUGGAAAGAAAGAAGAUAAUUAAUCAAGGCCACUGUGAAAAGGAAGAGAUAUUCUGGAUCAAAAUAGAAAAUGGAAUAUGGUGGCCUGGUCUUGUUGCCGAUGGCUCUGGGACAUUUUGGGAUGAAGAUGCAAUAGAGAAUCGUGGCAAUAGUAAAGAUGAGGAAGAGAAUCGUGGCAAUAGUAAAGAUGAGGAAGAGAAUCGUGGCAAUAGUAAAGAUGGGGAGGAGGAUCGUGGCAAUGGUAAAGAUGAGGAAGAAAAACGUGGCAAUAGUAAAGAUGAGGAGGAGAAUCGUGGCAAUAGUAAAGAUGGGGAAGAGGAUCGUGGCAAUAGUAAAGAUGAGGUAGAGAAUCGUGGCAAUAGUAAAGAUGAGGUAGAGUAUCGUGGCAAUAGUAAAGAUGAGGAAGAAAAACGUGGCAAUAGUAAAGAUGAGGUAGAGAAUCGUGGCAAUAGUAAAGAUGAGGUAGAGAAUAGUGGCAAUAGUAAAGAUGGGAAAGAGGAUCGUGGCAAUAGUAAAGAUGAGGUAGAGAAUAGUGGCAAUAGUAAAGAUGGGGAAGAGGAUCGUGGCAAUAGUAAAGAUGGGAAAAAGGAUCAUGGCAAUAGUAAAGAUGGGGAAGAGGAUCGUGUUAGCAGUACCGAUAGGGAAGAGGAUUGUGUCAGCGGUAGAGAUGAUGAGGAUACUGUCAGCGGAACAGAUAGGGAAGAGUAUUGUGUUAGCAGUACAGAUGAGGAAGAGAAUAAUGUGUGCAGUACAGAUUGGGAAAUGGAUAGUGCCAGCGGUACACAACAAGAUACUGUGAGUAGCUCAAAUAAGGAUGGUGAUGGUGUAAGCAGCACAAACAACAAAAGAGAUUGUAUCAGCAACACUAGAAAUAAAAAUGAUACUGUCAGCAGAGGAAGUAAUAAUGAUUCAGACAUGUCAGAUACAAUACCAAUAUAUACUGCACAAUCAGGUGCAUUUCUCCAAAAUACCUUGACAUCUAAGCAGCACUGCUGCAUGUACUGUGAAAAAUUAUAUGCAAAGGUGCCUCGUCAUAUGGAACAAGUUCACUCUGAAGAACAUGAAGUGGCUAAAAUUCUUGCCAUGCCAAAGAUGUCAAAACGUAGAAGAGGGGCAUGGGUAAUAUUAGUGGGCAAAGGUGACUUUAAACACAAUCUAAAAGCAAGGACAGAAAACAAAGGCAUGAAGGCAAAAGUCGCCCAAGUACUGAUGGCAAUAAACAGUGGGAAGAAUACAUACAAGGGCCAGGACCUUGAUGAAAUUGACGUCAAUGUGGAAGGACUGAUUAUAGUGUUGGAAUGGAAAGAUAUUAAACAAGACUUUGUAUUUGCAGUGAUAGAAGAUUCAGAUGAUGACGUUGUAGAAAAGCAAAACAAUGUUGACAAAGAUGUGGAUUUUCUUUCAGUCAGCAAACCUAUUCUACCAGAUGAAGGCACAGCCAGUCUAGCUGAACAGAAGCAAACUCAAAGACACCACAGACUUUCUGACAGUGAUAACAGCUACCAGCCUGAUAGAAAAAGACAGAAGAGUAAAAGAGGUGAGAAGCAAACUGGUGUUUUAAAAAAAUUCCAGAGGACUAGCAAGCAUAUGGCAGAGAAGAGUACUGAAAGGCCAGUAUGCUCAGAAAAGCUCAAGCAAGCUAAACGACCUGGAUUUUCUGUAGAAGAAAAACACAAGAUUGAGAGGGUUAUGGAACAUUACCUUAAA